CCGGAUCCAUCGGCGUUAUCGGGGGUUAAUUCAGCUCAAAGAUGAUGUAAAUGCGUGAAAGCCUUGAAGCAGGUUGACGCGGCCCCGGCCACAGCCGCCAGAGGAUCCAACGUUACUUCUUCCUUAUUUUUUUUCCAUGUUGUAAGAUAUUACUGUAUACGCUUGAUUUCCUUCGUACCCCGUCGUUCUUGCUUAAACCCUUUUCCCAAGACGGAACUUGUCGGACCCUUGGUUUUCUAUAACCCUCCAUGUCAGCAUUUGCCUCCUUCGUGUGAAUUUGUUCAACACAACCCAGGGCUAUUCCACAGCACUGCUCAGAGGCUACAUUAUGGUCGGCCUUGGAUGGCUUCGCGGCGGAGCAAAAUCAGAGCCUGUAACUUCGCCCAAAACUCCAGCUGAUGAGCUGAAGCAACUCGAGCAUGCCCUGGCAGCUGUAAUAUGGAUUAUGUCGGAUGACGUCGAUGCGGCGGACAAUGCACUGCACGAAGAGACGUCCUCUUUCCAUUAUCUCGGCCGUGGGGUUACGCAGUUUUUACGAUCAGUCCUGGGAUUUGAACAAGAUGUUAUGAAGGAAGCAUCCAACAGACUUGCGGCAGCUGAGGCAUCAUCUUGGGCGGACCUGAAACGGGCGCAAAAGGACCACAAGUCAUACCAGUCAAGGCUGUAUUCUCCAGGAGCAGAGUAUGCAUUAUGCUACGCAGAAUCUCAGAUGAUGAGCGCAGUGGUUGGCGUGCUGAACGAGAGCUUGACGGAGAGUAUUAAAGGAUUCUAUAAGCUCAGAAAGGCCUACUUUACUCUGGAUUCGAUCAUGCAGGAGGAGGCGGCAUUUAUGCGCAAACAACGGGGAGAGCAGAGUACUUCAAAUGGAGAUGCGCCGAGAAGACCAUCUAUGCCUGGGAGCUUCGAUGAAGGAGAAUUUACGGAUUUAACGGACUCGAGGGACGUUAGUCAGACGAACCUAGCCGCAAAGGGUGCAGAAUUGGUGGAAAAACAGAGUCCAGACGAUAGCGAUUUAGAAUUUUUGGAUGCAGAUGAAUCGAAGGCUGGAAUUGAGACUACAGCGAAUUACCUUGGCCACACCAUUUCCAAUGAGGAAUUUGAGCUCCGAGCCGCCAAUGCUUCAGCAGGCACAAAAAAUGGCGAAAAGGAAGGCGAGAUGCUGCGAACACCUACAGUUACAUCCGCAAAAUCCAAAGCAUCAUCUCACCAAGCCCCAGAGGCCGAGUUUUUUGCCAAUCCCAUGGACCUCUUCAUCCACUCUGGCACUAAUUUAUGCUACGGACUCGUCCUUCUGAUUAUUUCCAUGGUCCCUCCAGCUUUUAACAAACUUCUUUACAUCAUAGGCUUCCAAGGUGAUCGUGGACGGGGUAUCAGGCUCUUAUGGCAGGCAACUAAGUUCGACAACAUCAAUGGCGCUGUUGCUGGGCUUGUGCUCCUUAGCUACUACAAUGCCGUUGUUGGCUUUUGCGAUAUCGUUCUCACCGAUAAAGAUGCGAGAGAGGAUGAUUCCACAGCAUUUUCAAUGGCUAAAUGCAACGACCUUAUUGAGACCAUGAAAUCACGCUACCCAACUUCCCGAUUGUGGCGCCUAGAAGAGGCCAGAAAAGAGGCUACGAACCACAAUUUAAAGGGUGCAAUCCAGAUUCUCAACAACAACCAAGAUAGUAAAACGAAACAAAUCCUGGCUUUGAAUAUGUUCGAAAAAAGCUUGUGUUCUAUGAGUCUCCACGAGUUCGAGCUUUGCACAGAAAGCUUCGUCGAAUGUACGACAUUGAACAGCUGGAGCCAUCCCUUAUAUAUCUUCGCUGCUGGAUCAGCACAAGUGGAGCUUUACCGUAAACACAGGAUUUCUAAUCCAGAGCUUGCGAAGAAGCACAAAGACAGGGCCACAGGACUGUUACGGAAGGCUCCAACGUUGACCGGGAAGAGACGCUUUAUGGCGAAGCAACUACCAUUUGAUAUCUACGUGGCCCGCAAAGUUCAAAAAUGGGAAGAACGUGAAAAGGAAUGGAAAGUGGACCUCGUGGACGCCAUUGGUGUCAGCCCCCUAGAGGAAAUAAUCUACUUGUGGAAUGGUUAUAAGAGGAUGCGACCAGAAGAGCUACAAGUCUCCCUGCAGACCUUGAAUUGGGACAAUGCCACUCAUCCCGAGAAGUUCAAGGCUGAUAUGGAUGAGGUUGGACUUCAAGCGUUGAUGCAUGGGGCUGUUUUGAGAUAUCUUGGGAAAUUCACGGAGGCACGGCAGUUGCUGACGGAGAAUAUCGUUAGCCGCGACAAGAAUGUCUUCAAAGGCCACCUCUACGACGACUGGAAUUGUCCCUCUGCGUAUUACGAAAUGGCAGUGAUAUCAUGGAUGGAAAGAGACCUGCCGGGCAUGGAUAGCAAAGCUAAGCUAGUGGAGUGCGAGCAAUGGCUAAACAAAGUCGCAAAAUGGGAGACAUCAUAUGUUUUGGACGCUCGUAUUGGGAUGAAGGUUACUACCGGAUUGGAUACGAUCAAAAGGUGUCGCCCAAGGGUGUAAAUUAUUGGUACAGGGCUUGAAUAGGAUACAUAUGGGUUUGGAUUAGAGAAAAGCAUUUAUUGGCGAAAUAAAAUGCUUGUUACAUAUGAAACUGAUAGAAGAAAUUUGGCGUUCUUUGGCGUGGAAUAAAAGCAGUUUGAAGU